GAAUUAUGUCUCCUCCUGCAGGUACGGCUGUCUGUCAGCCCCCUACCCACCCUGACUCAGGAGGAUGAGUUGCUGUGCCUCUUUGGUGAACCACCACCACGCUCUGCCCAGGUCGAGGGGGAUGCCAUCAUCUGUGACCCCCCAAGCAGCAUCCCUAGCACACCACCAGGCCAAGACCAUGUGGCUGUGAGCAUCCAGCUCCUCUUCAAACGUGGCAGUGUCUUCCUCACCUCCCACCAGUAUCCUUUCUAUGACUGCAGAGAGGCUAUGAGCUUGGUGGAGAACCUGCCGUGCAUCUCUUGUGCUAGCAACCGUUGGAUGUGCCAGUGGGACCUGCUGUAUCAUGAGUGUCGAGAGGCCUCACCCAACCCGGAGGAUGGAAUCAUACGUGCCCACAUGGAGGUCAACUGCCCCCAGUUCCUGGACCCUAGCCCUUCGGUCAUCCCCAUGAACCAUGAGACAGAAGUGACCUUCCAGGGCAAAAACUUGGACACUGGGAAGGUUUCUUCCCUCUAUGUGGGCAGUGACCUGUUGAAGUUUAAGGCAACUGUGACUAUGCAGGAGUCAGGAGCCUUCUCUUUUAAGACCCCAAAGCUAUCCCAUGACACUAAUGAGACACUGCCUCUUCACCUGUAUGUUAAGUCCUUUGACAAGAAAAUUGACAGCAAGCUACAAGUGACUCUCUACAACUGCUCCUUUGGCCGCAGUGACUGUAGCCUGUGUCUGGCUGCUGAUCCUGCCUACAGGUGUGUGUGGUGCCGGGGGCAGAACCGGUGUGUGUAUGAGGCCCUGUGCAGCAAUGUUACUUCAGAAUGCCCACCACCAGUCAUUACCAGGAUCCAGCCUGAGACAGGCCCACUGGGUGGGGGCAUCCGAGUCACUAUCCAUGGGUCCAAUUUGGGUGUCACAGCAGAUGAUGUCAAGAAGAUCACUGUGGCUGGCCAAAACUGUGCCUUUGAACCAAAAUGGUACUCCGUAUCUACCCGGAUUGUGUGUGCAAUUGAGGCUGCAGAGACGCCUUUCACGGGAGGUAUUGAGGUGGAUGUAAAUGGAAAGCUUGGCCAUUCACCACCACACGUCCAGUUCACUUACCAACAACCCCAGCCUCUCAGUGUGGAGCCACGACAGGGGCCACAGGCAGGUGGUACCACAUUGACCAUCAAUGGCACUCACCUGGACACAGGCUCCAAGGAGGAUGUUCGGGUGACACUCAAUGAUGUCCCUUGUGAAGUGACAAAGUUUGGAGCACAGCUGCAGUGUGUCACGGGUCCACAGUUGGCUCCAGGCCAGAUGGUACUAGAAAUCUCCUAUGGGGGCUCCCGAGUGCCCAGCUCUGGUGUCUCCUUCACCUACUGUGAGAACCCAGUGUUACGAGCCUUUGAACCACUGAGAAGCUUUGUCAGUGGUGGCCGGAGCAUCAAUGUUACAGGCCAGGGCUUCAGCCUCAUCCAGAAGUUCGCCAUGGUUGUCAUUGCUGAGCCCUUGAGGUCCUGGCGGAGGCGGCGGGAGGCUGAAUCCCUGGAACCCAUGACGGUCACAGGCACUGAGUAUGUGUUCUACAAUGACACCAAGGUCGUCUUCUUGUCGCCUGCUGUCCCUGAAGAACCUGAGGCUUACAACCUCACUGCAUUGAUACAGAUGGAUGGUCAUCGUGCCCUGCUCAGGACCGAAGCUGGUGCCUUUGAGUAUGUGGCGGAUCCCACCUUUGAGAACUUCACAGGUGGCGUCAAGAAGCAGGUCAACAAGCUCAUCCAUGCUCGGGGAACCAAUCUGAACAAGGCCAUGACGCUGGAGGAGGCUGAGGCAUUUGUGGGUGCUGAGCGUUGCAUUAUGAAGACACUGACCGAGACUGACCUAUACUGUGAACCCCCAGAGGUGCAGCCCCCACCCAAGCGGCGGCAGAAGCGAGACACAACACACAACCUGCCUGAGUUCAUU